AUGGUGCUUGCCCUGGUCUUGAACUACGGCCUGAAAGCGUACGUCGAGGACCUCCUCAUCGAGGAGGGGAACAGGGAAGACAUGUUCAUAUACUUCGGCACCUUCUGGAGGAGUUUCCUGUCUGUCAUUGAACUGACGAUUGGCAACUGGGUGCCGAUCACCCGGGACCUGCAGGAGCUCAUUAGCCCGUGGCUUGCGUUUCUGGUGGUGAUCUACCGGCUGAUCAUGGAGAUCGCUAUCCUCAAGGUUGUCACGGGCGUCUUCCUGCACGAGACGUUCCGUGUCGCCAAGUCCGACAGCGAGUUGAUGAUCCGGGGGAAGAUGCGUGAGGACAAGCUCUUCAAAAACAAGAUGGCGUCCCUGUUCACAGAGAUAGACACGGACGGCAACGGCAAGCUCUCCAAGGACGAGUUCGACAACACCUUCAAGCACCCGCGCGCGUCGCUGUACCUCGGCGCCCUCGGGCUGAACUACAAGGACACGGAGGAGCUGUGGCGCCUGGUGGUGCAGGAGGUGGGGCGGAGCCCAGAGGACAGCGAGGUCUCCACGAGCGACCUCGAGCGGGUGAUCGGCAAGAUCCGCGGGGAGGGCCGCAGCAUCGACGUCGUCAUGAUCCUCCAGCAGGUCCACCACCUGCUGGCCACGCUCGCGGACAGCGGGGUCAUCCGCCCGCUCUCCGACUGCUCCUCGCCGUGGAUCCCGACGGCCCUCCCCGUCCACCCCUCGUCCGGCGACUCGCUCGACGACUGCUCCCCGCACCUCCAGGACGGCCGCUCCGCCUGGGGGGAGGCGCCGUCCAUCUGA